AUGUUUCAGAUUGUCAGCGGAUCGAAGAGCAAAUAUUUCGACAUAAACCUGAAAACGGGCAGCCUUUAUGUCACGGAAAGAAUCGACCGAGAGGAGCUUUGUUCUCUCAAUAUAGCAGAGAGUACAGCACCAGGAGGGAAAUUUGGAUUUGUGGGCGCAUCAGACCUUGAUGUCGGAAAGAACAGCGUUAGCACGUACAAGCUCAGUCGAAAUGAUUAUUUCUCCUUAGAGAUCCACAAAGGCGAGGACAGUGUGUCGGCCGAGCUUGUGCUUCUUAAAGCUUUAGACCGAGAACAACAGCCGACCAUCAAACUUACUGUGACUGCUGUAGAUGGUGGAAAUCCACCAAAUGAGAUCAUCCCUUAUUCUGCUGAAUCUGGAUACUUUGUAGCAAAGAUCAGGGCUGUGGACGCAGAUUCUGGAUACAACGCGCUGCUUUCUUAUCACCUGUCGGAGUCAAAAGGAAACAACCUGUUCAGGAUCGGAACCAGCAGCGGAGAAAUCAGGACUAAGAGGAGAAUGAGCGACAAUGACCUGAAAACUCACCACUUGUUGGUGUUAGUUUCUGAUAACGGAGAACCUUCUCUGUCAGCCACUGUUUCUAUUGAUGUGAUGGUGGUUGAAAGCACAGCUGAUGUCCAGACUCAGUUCAGACAUGUGCCUAUAAAGGAGGACAACUUCUCUGAUUUGAACUUGUAUCUACUGAUCGCCAUCGUGUCAGUGUCUGUGAUCUUUCUGCUGAGUCUCAUCAGUUUAAUAGCUGUCAGAUGCCACAGGACAGACAGUGAUUUCAGCAGGUACAGCGCCCCCAUGAUCACCACCCACCCUGAUGGGAGCUGGUCUUACUCUAAAGCUACUCAGCAGUAUGACGUGUGUUUCAGCUCAGACACACUGAAGAGUGACGUAGUGGUUUUCCCCGCACCGUUUCCACCUGUUGAUGCUGAACUGAUCAGUAUUAAUGGAGGAGACACUUUUACCAGAACUCAGACUUUACCCACAAAAGAAAAGCUGGGAAGUUGCAACCGCACAACUCUCGUAUUCCAUCUCAGAGGAGGUACUAUCGACUAUGAAGAAAACCCUGCCUUUGAGAUUCAUGCUCAGGCAAGUGACAAAGGUCAGCCUCCAAUGUCUGCUCACUGUAAAGUGCUGGUAGAAGUAGUGGACGUAAAUGAUAACGCUCCUGAGAUCACCGUAACAUCGCUGCAAAGCCAGGUGAAAGAGGACGCACAGGUCGGUACAGCUGUUGCUCUUGUGUCCGUGGUGGACAAAGACGCUCCUUAUUCUGAGCACGGCUCUGUUAACAGUGAGACCAUCCCUUAUUCUGCUGAAUCUGGAUACUUUGUAGCAAAGAUCAGGGCUGUGGACGCAGAUUCUGGAUACAACGCGUUGCUUUCUUAUCACCUGUCGGAGCCCAAAGGAAACAACCUGUUCAGGAUCGGAACCAGCAGCGGAGAAAUCAGGACUAAGAGGAGAAUGAGCGACAAUGACCUGAAAACUCACCACUUGUUGGUGUUAGUUUCUGAUAAUGGAGAACCUUCUCUGUCAGCCACUGUUUCUAUUGAUGUGAUGGUGGUUGAAAGCACAGCUGAUGUCCAGACUCAGUUCAGACAUGUGCCUAUAAAGGAGGACAACUUCUCUGAUUUGAACUUGUAUCUACUGAUCGCCAUCGUGUCAGUGUCUGUGAUCUUUCUGCUGAGUCUCAUCAGUUUAAUAGCUGUCAGAUGCCACAGGACAGACAGUGAUUUCAGCAGGUACAGCGCCCCCAUGAUCACCACCCACCCUGACGGGAGCUGGUCUUACUCUAAAGCUACUCAGCAGUAUGACGUGUGUUUCAGCUCAGACACACUGAAGAGUGACGUAGUGGUUUUCCCCGCACCGUUUCCACCUGUAGAUGCUGAACUGAUCAGUAUUAACGGAACAGACACUUUUACCAGAACUCAGACUUUACCGAAAACAGAUAAGCCCGAUUUCUGA